UUGCCCCUGUUCUUUGCCUCUGGUUUUGUUGGUGAGGAUAUCACAGUGAUGUCUGCAUUCAACCUGCUGCAUUUGGUGACAAAGAGCCAGCCAGUGGCCCUGCGAGCCUGUGGGCUUCCCUCAGGGUCAUGUAGGGAUAAAAAGGACUGUAAGGUGGUCUUUUCCCAGGAGGAGCUGAGGAAGCGGCUGACACCCUUGCAGUACCAUGUCACUCAGGAGAAGGGGACUGAAAGUGCCUUUGAGGGGGAGUACACACAUCAUAAAGCUCAAGGAAUAUACAAAUGUGUUGUUUGUGGGACUCCUUUAUUCAAGUCAGAAACAAAGUUUGACUCCAAUUCAGGUUGGCCUUCCUUCUAUGAUGUGAUCAGUCCCGAUGCAGUUACUUUCAACGAUGAUUUCUCCUAUGGGAUGCAUCGGAUUGAAAUAUCCUGCAGUCAGUGUGGUGCUCACCUGGGGCAUAUUUUUGAUGAUGGACCUCGCCCAACUGGCAAACGGUACUGCACAAACUCUGCUUCGUUAUCUUUCAAGCCAGCAGACAAGAACAAUGCCGGAGAAGGCAGUGGUAACUCCAGUCCUGCCCAAACAGGCAAAGCUGAGCUGUAGGACGAAGCAAAGACUGCAGAAAACUGCGCUGAUCUGACACAGCUUACAAGGAAUGUUUUCUAAGUUGCCUGCUCUCUUAUAUCCUAAGAAUGUUUAAGUGUAUGAAAGCAUUUUGCACCAUCCUUCUUCUUCCUCACCUUUUCAGAACUGAGGCCUUGCCUGCCGGUGCAUUUACUAUAUAAUUGGGUUGAAAAAUGUGUUGACUGACACCACAGGUUUCCUUUCCCUUUCUUUUCUUUGAGAUUGCUUUGGGAAAUCCUUAAGUCGAGAGGCUUUGGCAUCAUUAGUUCUUAGCUUCUUUUUAGUGCUGUGUUACCCUGGGUUUGAACAGGAUACCUGUUUGUGUGGGAGAUGGGACUUGUGUUUAUCUCCAGUCUGCAGGAAACUUCUGGGCAUAAGAAAGUCCUGAAUUCCUAUCACAUCUCUGCUUUGUUCUGACUUGUGAGGCAUGCAGCCUUUGGUCACAUGUAUUCAGCCAUCUCCCAGCAUCAGCCGCGCCCUGCGACAACUUGUAGUUGUGGCUGUUCCUUCCCAACUGGGAGAGAUGAAUGAGAUGUAAAGCCCAUCCUUUGGCUGAUUUACUGCCAGAAUUUCAAGGGUAUGGUUGAAAGGGUGUAAACAUUGUCUCAGCAUCUAUUUUUUCCCCUUUGUUUGGUAUUUAAAUCAAGGUUUUAACUGGUAAGGCUCACUUUUGUGGGCCACUAAUGAGGCUUUGUCUUUUUCUGAGGCUUGUUCAGGGACUGUAACUCAAAAUUGAAUUAAAGUUGAA